AUGAUUCAGAAAACUCGCGAAGUAGUGCAAGGUAACCAAGAGAAGAAACACAAGAUACGACGAAGUGUAAAUGUGAAACAAGACAAAGAGCAAUUCUUUGUUACUAUCAAGUACAGGUCUAAGAAAAAGAGAGAUCUACCUUAUAAGGGAGUACUUGGCUACCCAGAUUGUAUUAUAAAUGACACAGAUCCAACCAAGGAGGAAAGAGAAAAGUUUGAGAGAUUUCGAAUAGAAGGUAUGGCAUUACGAAAUCAGGUGAAUUGUGAAAACUCAAAAAGUGUUCAUGAAGAGGUAAGAGUUGAUGCAUCGAGCGAGCAAAAGAAAGAAUCAACCCCUUCUUCUGUUGCCUUGAACAAAUCAAAAAUCAAAAAAAUAAUGUUUAGGGAUCAUGAGAUAGAGACGUGGUAUAUUGCACCAUAUCCAGAAGAAUUCUCGCAAUGUGAAACUUUAUACAUUUGUGAGUUUUGUUUAAAGUACAUGAACUCACCUGUCUCGUACAAGCGACACCAGUUAAAGAAUUGCAAUUUUUCAAACCACCACCCACCAGGUACCGAAAUCUAUAGGGAUGCAAAUGUAUCAAUUUGGGAAGUUGACGGGCGAAAAAAUAUAAACUAUUGUCAAAACAUUUGCCUUUUGGCAAAACUUUUUUUGAAUUCAAAAACGUUGUAUUAUGAUGUCGAGCCAUUCGUGUUUUAUGUUUUAACAGAAAGAGAUCAUGCUAUCCCAACAAAACAUCACUUUGUGGGGUAUUUUUCGAAAGAAAAGUUGAAUAACCUGGAUUACAAUGUCUCUUGUAUUUUAACUUUGCCUAUAUAUCAGAGAAAGGGAUAUGGUCACUUGCUUAUCGACUUUAGCUACUUGUUAACGCGGAAUGAGUUCAAGUUUGGCACUCCGGAAAAGCCAUUGAGUGAUUUGGGAUUAUUGAGUUAUCGAAAUUAUUGGAAAAUUACCAUUGCUUACAAGCUACGGGAACUAUAUGACAAGUACAAAAAUCUGAGUCAACUCGAUAUUUCACUAAGUGUGUUGUGCAAAAUGACUGGUAUGACUCCAGCAAAUGUGGUUGUGGCUCUAGAGCAACUUUGUGCUCUUUAUGAAAAGCAAGAUGGAGAUGAGAUUAAAUUUGCAAUCGUGGUAAACUGGGACUUGAUAACUGAGGUCAUCACCAAGUGGGAAGCAAAGUCUUAUGCGCGGUUAGACUACUCCAAACUUUUAUGGAAGCCAAUGCUUUUUGGUCCAAGUGGUGGAAUCAACUCUGCACCGGCAUUAAUGAACGGCGGGAAAUUGAAUACUCUUCAUAAUAGUGUUUCACAGGUUGCUGAUUUUUUGAAGGACGACAUUUACAACCCAUACUCUUUUGUGGAAGAGGCGUGGAAGGAAAUUGCAAUGUACGCAGAUACAACUAAAGGGGGCAGAACUCAAGAAAUUGAAGGUUUCAUCGAAUGCAGACCUAAUAGUUUCCAAAUUAAAAUGAAGCCAAAGAAAAGAUCCAAAGAAGACGUUGAAGUCGACUUGGAUGCCGUCGCUGACAUUUUUGAGUCAGACGAUGCCUCAAAGUCAGAUGGCUACGACGAAUCCAGCUUUGUGGACAAUGAUUUUGAGUCAGGGGAAGAGGACGACGUAGAUAACGACAGUCCGGAUCUUGAUGAGUCGCUACCGGUGAUCUCAUCAGACUCUGAAUCAGAUUCGUACAUUGAGGAGGAAGAAGUGUAUAAGCAUCUAGCCAGAACCAGUGUUCCAAAGAGAUCUUCGCCUCUGAAAAGGAAAACCAUAAACGUAUUGAAAGGUGAUGACAGACCUCGAGGUAGAGGGCGACCGAAAGGAACAUUCAAGUUACCGCGAUCAAAGAACUUUAUCUCCAAAUCUUUAUCUCAAUCUAGAAGGUUUAGACAUCGCUGA